AUGGAUGCUACAAAUAUGUUGUCCACUUCAAGAACGAAAUCUGCAUUGCUCGCAAGCCAGACAACCAAUCAAACUCUUCAACCAAAACCUCUUAUAAAAUCCGAGGUAUUGGAUCAAACAGAAAAGAGAGAAAUGUCAGAAGAUGCAGCAGAACAACAUGUUUCAUCUAAUUGGCACUUUCCUGGUUAUGCUAUGACUCCCGAUCAUAAACAGUCAAAGCUUCCAACAAAAGUAUACUGCUUUUUCAUUCAUGCAAAAUUUUGUCCCAAUCCUAUAGGUACUUGUAAAUUACAAGGCUGUGUUCGUGCACAGGAGAUCUUAAAGCAUUCUAAUGACUGCCAAAGAAUAGAUUGCCAGUAUAGAUACUGCAGGCAAUCAAAGGAGGCUAUUUAUCACUAUAAUAAUUGUGUUAAUAAGCAUUGUCCUGUUUGUAGCAAAGCAAAUGAAAGUCUGAGCCGCUAUUGUGAUCAAACAAACAAGAGGGAUGCAAUUGAAAGAAGUUUCAAUGGGGUACAUGGUGACACAAUAGACAUCAAACUGGUGAAAGCUGAAACCUUUGAUGAUCAACCACCUGUAUCAAAGCGUUUAAGGUUGCAACCCAUGCUUCCCAAUGUAUCUGAUAGUGCUUAUAUCUCUUUUCCUCAAGCAUGCCCAGAUUUUGUGUCACAGCAAGCUCAACCUAAGCAUCUUGGACAGGAUAAAAGGAUAUAUCCAAAACAAGAGCUAAAGAUCGAGGCUGAUAUGCAACUACCGCCAAAGCUUGAGAUAACUAGAUCUGGUACUGUUCGGAAAAUUGGUGCAGUGGAAAGUUAUGCAAUUCCUGGAGAGCAACAAAAUUGUUUGCCAAACAAAGAUACAAAUGAAGGUGUUAUUGAUAUUAAGAUGAAUGCAAGUGGAUCUACAGAUGUCUUGCUGUCCAAGACAGGGAAAAAAAAGAGAAAAGGUAUUUCACUCUUGGAGUCGCUCACUCUAGAGCAAAUAUAUGAACACACCCAUAGUACAAUACAAUGGGUUGGUCAGAGUAAGGCUAAAGCUGAAAAGAAUCAAUUACUAGGACAGUGGGAAAAUGUGAACUCAUGCCAGCUUUGCAAAGUAGAAAAGCUCUUUUUUGAGCCUCCACCUAAAUUUUGUUCUCCCUGUGGUGCUCGGAUAAAAAAGAAUGCACCAUAUUAUAGUGGUACUAUCACUGAAAGUGGUCCCUACUACUUUUGCCUACCAUGUUACAAUGAGUCUCGCAGUGACUCAGUUUUGGUGGACAGUAUUCAAUUUCUCAAGUCAAAACUUGAGAAGAAAAGAAACAAUGACGAGUUUGAAGAAGCAUGGGCUCAAUGUGACAGAUGUGAACGCUGGCAGCACCAGAUUUGUGCUCUUUUUAAUGCCAAAAGGAAUGCUGAAGAAAAAGACGCAGAAUAUAUCUGCCACAGUUGCUGUAUUGAAGAGAUAAAAGAUGGUCUGCGCACACCUUUACCGCAUAAUACUGUUCCUAGGGCGAAAGAUCUGCCAAGGACUGUGCUUAGCGAUCAUAUAGAAGAGCACCUUUUUCAACGCCUCAAAGAGGAGAGACAGAAUAGGGCCUACAAAUACAGGAAAAGUUUCGAUGAGGUUCCUGGAGCAGAGGGGCUUGUGGUCAGAGUUGUUUCAUCAGUGGACAAGAAUUUGAAAGUUAAACCAAAAUUUUUGGAGCUUUUUCCAGAAGAGAAUUACCCAAUAGAGUUUCCUUACAAGUCCAAGAUAGGUUAUCUCCGGUAUUGUAAGCAGCGGGGUUUCACUAGUUGUUACAUAUGGGCAUGCCCACCUUUGAAAGGUGAUGAUUACAUUAUGUAUUGCCAUCCGGAGAUUCAGAAGACACCAAAGUCUGAAAAACUGCGAGAAUGGUACUUAUCUAUGAUUCGAAAAGCUACUGAUGAGGGUAUAGAUGUUGAGCUGACAAAUCUAUACGAGCACUUUUUUAACUCUAAGACAGACUGCAAGGCUAAAGUGACCGCAGCUCGCUUGCCAUAUUUUGAUGGUGAUUAUUGGCCUGGAGCUGCAGAAGAUAUAAUCAACCAAAUUUUCCUACCAGAAUAUGACAAAAACUUGAGGAAGGGAAAGGUAAAGAAGACUAUCACAAAAAGAGCUUUGAAAGCUGCUGGCCUUACCGAUUUAAGUGGGAAUGCUUCAAAGGAUGCUAUGCUGAUGCAAAAGCUUGGAGAAGCCAUUUACCCAAUGAAAGAUCUUAUUAUGGUCCAUUUGCAGUAUUCUUGUCGUCACUGCUGUAUCCUUAUGGUGUCUGGAAGGCGUUGGGUCUGCAAUCAAUGCAAAAGCUUUUCUAUUUGUGACAAUUGUUAUAAUGUAGAACAGCAGCGUGACGAGAAGGAGAGGCACCCAAUUAAUAGUGCUGACUUGCAUACACUACAGCCAGUUGAAAUUGAUGGUGUGCCUAAAGAUACCAAGGACAGAGAUACAGAGAUGGCAUCUUAG